AUGAGUGGACAAGUCAAGACAAUUGCCCGCAUUCUGCAGGCAGCAGGUUCCGCUAUACAAGCAAAUGGCAACCUCGUCCUCCUCAAUGUGGAGAAUGGCCACCUUGUAGAGAGGAUCUUUGACGGCGAAGAACUCAAAGACCAGAGACUGGUCGUGGAUGGCGUGAAGUCUGGCGCAUCCGCAGCCUUCGUCGUUUCAGACAACCAUGUAAGUCACAAGCUUAGCCCAUACGCCUUGAUCCUCUACAUUACUGAUGGGGGUGAACUCAGGGCUAGUGAGUUUGACCCAGACUCAGAGGAGUGGGAUGAGUCUGAGCUCAAUGGCUUGGGCGAAAUCAACGUCCAGGAGGAGAGUGGUCUCUCUGCCGUAACUAUCAAUGACUCCAUUCUGGUAUUUUACCAGGCGCCAGAUGGCACGAUCAAGAGCAUCCGCCACGACCAGGGUACCAAAACUUGGAAAGCCGGCUUCAGCGUCCCUGGCGCCGCUGAAAUCGGAACGCCAAUCGCUGCUUUCAAUAACAAGGAGGCCUUGAUAGUCGCUUUCGUUGAGAAAGACGGAACAAUCCACGCUCAUAGUAGGGACUUCGCUUCAGGCGACUGGAGCGAAACCAUCCUCCCAAACUCGUCUUUCGACGAUAAGAUUGCCAAUCUAUCGGUCUCCCAGGAUAUUACGUCGGGAGAGCUUGAUUCUUAUGUACUGAUCGGUUCUACUUUGCACCAUGUGAAGAAGAACGGGGAACAGGCUGUCAUCGGCACGUUUUCUAACAAAGAGUUCGUCGCAGCAACUCGAGCCGAAGACGGUGAUUGGUAUGGUAACAACUACGGUAACGUGAACAUGGGUGGGCGUGGCGGUUAUGGCGGCAGUUAUGGUGGCGGCGGGUACGGUGGUGGUUAUGGUGGCUACGGAGGCUACUCUCCCUACCCUCCUCCAUAUAGAACUCAAUGUGGAUGGUAG